UUGUUGUUUUGACAAACCAGAAACCACAGCCAUGCCAGUCAUUGAGCAAAACCAGCCGCACCUCGGUGGCGAUGACGCGACGAUCGACGAGGUCGAAACCGGCUCCGGCUACCAAAUUCGCUCGCGCAUGCCAAAGUUCGACAAGGCCAACGCCAGCAGCAACAUCCCGCAAAUGAACUCUACCAGUGCCUCGGAAAUUGAUGUCCAGAAGCUGCUGGAAGAAGCCGACACCAUUACGCGACGUGCCGCAAUCGGCAAGCGGGCUGCGCUCGAGGCGGCGCAAAUCCACAAAGACCUGAGGUUCCAGGCCGAGCAGAUGCGCGACAGCACCGUCCUGCUAGAGCAGGAAGCUCAAGCCAAGGAAAAGGAGUUGCUCGACGAGCGCGAAAAGCUCCGGACUGAAGAGCAAGAGCUCGAACGCCAGCGUUCGCUCAAGCACAACGACGUUCUGCAGAAGGAGGCGCUGCGCGCGCAAGCGAAAGCAGACGUGCUCUUGCAGCAAAAGAAGCGCGAGUAUGCGCUGCAACUCAUCCAGCGCCACCAGGAGGGCACAGAUCUCGCCGCCGCCGAGAUGCAACGCCUGGAGCUCGAGGUGCAGGAGGCCGAUCUGCUUCGCCAGCGCGCCGAGCUGGUCAAGGCAAGAAAGCCCAUUGCGUCGUGGAUUCCCACCGAGAUCAAGCCCAUCAAGGUGAUGGUGAAUGUGCUCCCAGAGGACAUUCCCGAGGCGCGCGUCGUGACUGAGAAUGUUGCCAAGGGCGCUUCGGCUGGCUCGAUCAUUGGCACGCGCAUGAUCACCCCGAAGCCUCCGCCGGUGCAUACGUCUACCGUCAAAUCCACCAGCACGAAAACUUCCAAAACAGUCGCCGAGUCCAAGUCGCACCACAUGGCCGGGCUUUGGAGGCCUCACAAGGAGUUUGACAUGUCCAACAUCCAGCUCGAGGAGCCGAUCAUCCAGAACAAGUGGGGUCCCGAGGACUUUCGUCAGUCGUCGGUUUGAGGACGGCGUGCACGACUAGCGACACUCUCUGAAGCGCAGUCAAUCAGUCACCCUAGUACACGACAGUAUUUUGCUGCAAAGCAGUUUGAAAACAACAUGUUUUUUGUCUUUGGCGUUUUAAGUUGCUGCUUGUCCUUGUUCGUUCUUCCCCUUGCUUUUUGAAAGUUCACAUCCAUCUCUGCAACAACCCAACACUAACAUCUUCGAGAAACGAACAAUUGUAAAAUAUAGCACGUUGUGUUUUUUUGUCACGGA